AUGGUCCCACAGCCCUUCAUGCAUUUAAGGCUCCCGCGUCAGCCAUCCGAGGAGCGCGGAGUCCUGGCGUGCUUGGCGCUUGUUAAAAGCACGCGAUUGCGCGAGAUGGCUGGGAAGGCGGACGCGGGUGCCAAGGACAGGCGACUGUGUAUGGCCUUCUAUGUGGGUCACCGAGCCAUGGUUAUCCCAGAGCUUGCUGCUGGGGAUGGAAUGCUCAUCAAAAUAGUCGCUGUGUCUCAUCCAUUUCUUACCCACUUCCUCAUAUUCAAAGCUCCUUCAGCAUCCCGUCUCCAGAGAAAGAGGAUAAAUCUCACCGACUCUCUCUGCUCUUCCUCAGGGGCAGGUGUACCACUACCUGGGGAGCGACCGGCUGGCGGAGAAGACGCUGUUGGACGCCAUCAAGGUGGAGCCCCACGACCACCACUCAUGGGAGGUCCUGGGCGAGGUGAUGGCCAGCCUGGGCCAGCUGGACGCCUCGAGCAAGUGCCUGGCCACCGCCAUCGAGAUCGAGGCCAAGGCGCCGAUCCUGCCCUUCACCUCCAUCCCCUUCUGCUACGAGUGACGAGGCCCAGGGCGCGCGCCUCCUGCCUCCUGCUAGUUCCUGUCGCGCUCGGGCACCUCGGGACCGGCUGCUCGUGGCUCGCCCUCCUCGGCAGGCGUCGAGGCCCUCCGCCGCCUCUCUGCUCCCGUCCCCUGGCGCCUGUGCUUCGCUUUCCCUCCUCAUCCUCCUCCUCCUCCUCUUCCUUCUCCCUCUCUUCCUGUUCCUUAUGCUCUUACUGCAUAACCUCUUCUUACUGCCUUGUUCCCUCUUCCCUCUUCCGUCGCAGCCCGUCAGCCCACGACUCCCGCCCGGUGUGCUCGCCCGCCCUCUACUGUACCCUGUAGCUGUGAAAGAGAUGCACAGUUUGAUGUUGAUUAUGCCAUGCCUUAGUAGUGUGUACAGAUGUGUACAUAUUUCUAGUCAAGGAAAACGUACAACGCAAGAGAGAAAGAGAGAGACAGAGACAGACAGAGUCAGACAGACAGACCGUGAGAUAGACAGACAGACAGACAGUGAGACGAAUGCCUGCGCUUGAGUGAGUGAGAGAGAGUAAGUGUCGCAAGGAGGAGCGAGAGCGACGUAAGGAGGGCAAGUGUGGGGCCGAGGGCGGCGGGGCGGGAUCCCGACUGCGGACGCCAAUUAGGCCCAGGGAGGGAGGGGGGGAAGAGGCGGGGGGAGGCGAGAUGGCCACAAGCAACUGUCGCCCUUAUUGGUCUGUGCUUGUAUUGUCGCCUGUGUUGUCGUUAUGCAGGUACACACACCAUACACCACAUCACAUCAAACUAACCCUACACUACACUACACUACACACCACAUCCCACUACACUAUGUACACUACACAUGUGUAUGUAUGUAUGUGUGUAUGUAUAGCCUACAUAUGUCUUGGAGCAUUUUAUCGAAACUGGAGAUAUUUUUAUGAUGUAGUAUGUCCUGGAUUUAGUUACAGUAUAUAUAUAUAAUGGAAAUAGUCUGUUUAUAUUAGUGUGUAUAUCAUUGGUAUUGUACAUUUCAUGGCACGCAGAUAUAGCAAGACAAUGAUAUUCCAGGUGACCCUCUUCUGGCACUGUGUCAGAUUAUUCCUGUGAUGGUUACUGUAAAAACAGUAUUAUGGGAUUUGUUAUCAAGUUGUAGGAUAAGUGGCGUAUUAUACUUACAUUGUUGCAAAUUAUGAUUGUGAAAUGACAAUGAUAAUAUAAUAAAACAAGUGUGUCA